AUGGUUGUAAUCCUCCGUAAACUCCCAGGCACACCAACAGAAGAUAUAGUACAGGCACCAACAGAAGAUAUAGUACAGGCACCAACAGAAGAUAUAGUACAGGCACCAACAGAAGAUAUAGUACAGGCACCAACAGAAGAUAUACUAAAGGCACCAACAGAAGAUAUAGUACAGGCACCAACAGAAGAUAUAGUACAGGCACCAACAGAAGAUAUACUAAAGGCACCAACAGAAGAUAUAUUACAGGCACCAACAGAAGAUAUAGUACAGGCACCAACAGAAGAUAUAGUACAGGCACCAACAGAAGAUAUAGUACAGGCACCAACAGAAGAUAUAGUACAGGCACCGACAGAAGAUAUAUUAAAGGCACCAACAGAAGAUAUAGUACAGGCACCAACAGAAGAUAUAUUAAAGGCACCAACAGAAGAUAUAGUACAGGCACCAACAGAAGAUAUAUUAAAGGCACCAACAGAAGAUAUAGUACAGGCACCGACAGAAGAUAUAUUAAAGGCACCAACAGAAGAUAUAGUACAGGCACCAACAGAAGAUAUAGCACCAACAGAAGAUAUAGUACAGGCAUCAACAGAAGAUAUAUUAAAGGCACCAACAGAAGAUAUAGUACAGGCACCAACAGAAGAUAUAGUACAGGCACCAACAGAAGAUAUAGUACAGGCACCAACAGAAGAUAUAUUACAGGCACCAACAGAAGAUAUAGUACAGGCACCAACAGAAGAUAUAUUAAAGGCACCAACAGAAGAUAUAUUAUAA